CUUUACACCAACGGUCAAAUCAAUCCUUUAUCAUCCAUACAUAAACGGUCUAGUUAACUAAUUGAACCUGGUCAAUUAAUUGACAGACAUGGAUGCGAUAUAUUAGGAUUGUAUAUAUCUUGACAAAAAUACCUAUACAAGAUGGCACCAAAUCAAUACGGAUCGCUCGAUCCUCUUCAACAAUAUAAUCAACUCACAUUUGCCGUCAUUCCUCAACAACAGCAUACACAACAUCCACAACACCCUCAACUUCCCCAACAUCAACAUCAACAUCAAUCUCAACUCCAAUCACAACUCCAUCAACAUCAACAUCAACACCAGCAACCCCUCCAACAAGCCCCUCCUCACCAUCAUCAACAGCUCCAACCCACCCCUACUACAGCUGUCCCUCCACCAACUUAUCAACAACACAUAUCCGUACCAUCCUCCUUACCAUCUACCAUACCAUCUACCAUACCAUCUACUAUACCAUCCUCUAUACCACCAGCCAACAAUGGCGUCACACAACAGCAGCAACAACAGGGUGUCAACCCAAAUCCUAAUCCUACACAACAAUCACCCUCUACUCCUAUUGUGGAAAUACCCACUACCACGAAUAGCCCCCACCUUGAUGAACCACAACGCAAACGCCGCCGCGUAGGUCGUCCCCCCAAAUCGCAAGCGACAAGAGACUACCUCGACCGACGCGCCAAUGCGAACCUACCUCCGCCCCCUCCUCUCCCGCCCCAAGUCCAUGUGCCGCAACCGCUAAGUAAGGGCCCGUACAACACGGCUGAAGACGCCGUCUUCUCGCUGCAGCUGCACGUCUUCAGUACCGGGUACGGCGUCUCGCAAAAGCGCACGGUGAAAGAGAAGCUCCCGUCCGGGCGCUACGACCCAGCUGGCCCCGUGAUCCGUAAGGACUUCGCUUGCGACCGCGGUGGCUCGGAGUUUGUGUCGCAGGGCACGGGGGAGCGACGCCGCGAGAGUAAGAAAUGUGGAUGUCCCUGGAAGGCGGUAGCACGCCGGCUCAAGCGCGAGGGUGAUCGCUGGUUUCUCGAGGUCCUAAACCCGCGGCACAACCACCCCGUUACCUCGCCCGAGAACAUGCAUACGAUCGCCUCGUACCGCCGGUGGCAGCGCGACAAUAAUGCCGGGAUAAGGACGGCCGUCGGCAGAUUGACGCGAGCCGCAGCGAUGCCUGCGAGGCAAAUUGCAGAUUACUUGAAGGGCCAAUUCGCGGAUCCAGAUCUCGAUCGCAUCGAUAAGAACAUCCUGCGCGCGCUGAGUAUGAACGAUGUGGAACUACCGAGCGAUGGGUCGGCGCAGGGUUCGGUUGCGUUUGACGUUAUAGGGAGACGGCCGACGAUUAUAUUGCAGGAGACCCCGGGGAGCUCUGGACAGGUUGGGAAUGAUAGUACGGAAACGGAUCCAGGUUAUCCGAGACGUAGUCGUGUGGAAACUUUCAGUGGCAUGGGUGUGAUUCGGUUUUGAGAACAGCCUAGUGAAGGCAGAAGUGUCCGUACGCUGAGCAUCGACUUACCAAGCUAGGCUGCUUCCCUCUUUACCCAGGUACCUUAAGGUCCAUUGUGUGCUUACAUUAUGCUCGGAGGCCACUGUUUAUACAUGGGAUACAAGUCCGUAGUGGUCGGAUAAUGGUAAAAUAUUGUAAUAUCAUGGGAGAGGCUUCGACCAUCUAUCUAUAUGGUCACAUAUCUACAGUGUAUAUAUUUUCAAAUCUCAAUAAAUGUAAAUAAGGUUACGGGUGUCAAGAGGGAAAGGGAAAAGAAUCUUGAGAAUAUAUAAGGGCUAACCAAAG